AUGGCUGAGAACGCGCCGACGACGACGGUGAACGUCACGAGGGACAUCGCGAAGGAGCUCACGUUCGAGGACAUCAGCGUGCACUCCCCCGGCUUAUUCCGCAAGGGCGACGCCAUGCGCGCGCUGCGCGAGAACCCCUCCACCGGAACGUUCAGACGCGCGCUCGCGGAGCUGAACCAGACGACCGAGUCGUUCGCGCGCAUCUUAGACGCCGCGCGCGAGAAGGCGCUGGGGAACUCCGAGGCGGACUUGGAGCGCAUCAAGACGAACAUCAAGCGCCUGAAGUUCGGCACGAUCGAGCUCGGGACAGAGCGCGCGUUCUUGCGUUCCAUCCUCGAGUCCCGCCCGCUCCCUCGCGCGCCCCCCGAGGAAUCCGACGCGUUCCGCGCGCGCAACGCUUCGCUGAAGCAGCUCAAAGACGCGAACGACGCGAACGAAAAGGUGGUCGAAGACCUCGUGACGCGCGUCGGCGCGUCCGCGGCGGCGCUCGAGGCGGAGAAGGCGCACCUCGCGGCGCGCGUCGACGCGUUGGAAGGAUUGGAGCGCGAUGUGGACGCCGCGGAGCUCGCGAGCGCGGGCGUCGCGAAGGACUUUUGCCGGCGUCCCUCUGCGCCUACCCCUCGCUUUCAAUCCCCGCCCGCGACGCCUUUCAACUCCGCUUCUGACGCCUUUCAACUCCACCCCGACGACGAAUCGAAGCACGCGGCGCCGGACCCGGCGGACGAGCAUCUCACGGACGCGGAAGCGCGCGCGAUGCUCGACGAGCUGGACGCGGAGGCGACGCGCGUGAACGCGGCGCUGCGCGCGCGAGAGAGCGAGGCGAUGGCGAUGCGGAGCGCGCUCGAGCCCGGGGAGGCGGCGCUCGCGGAGUGCAAGGCGGAAUUGGCGCUUCUCGCCGGCGCGGGGCGCGCGAUGCAACGCGAGGCGAAGGCGAUGGCGGAGAUCGCGGAGACGGACGCGCUGAUCCGCGAGCAGAAGGCGCUGGUGGAGACGCUGCAGGGCGUGCGCGUGGUGUCCGUGGACGACGGCGGCGUGAGGCUCACGCUGAGCGUGCGCACGGCGCUGCCCCCGACGGAGAAGGCGAUCGACGGAGAAGGCGACUUUGACGACGCGGGGAGAGAAAAGGAACAUCUGAUGCGCGUGGAGUUCCACCCCGGGUCCGUCGCCGUGAAGGACGCGUCUUUGGAGCCCGCGGACGUGCCGAUCGAGGACGUCGUCGCCGUCGCGCGGUCCGCCGCGGACGCGCAGAGCGCGCUGUCUGACUUGCUGUGCGAGACGCGCACGCGCGUCGCCGCGACGGCGGCGCGAAUGGAGGCGUUGAGUAAGGCGGCGGCGAACGGAACCGCGGUGGAAUGGAACGCGAUGGAGGCGAUCGUGCGCGCGCCGCUGUCGCCGGUCGGGACGCUCGCGAUGGAGGUGCCGUUCGAGUGGCCGAUGAACGGCGCGCGCGUCCGCGUCGUCGGGCUCGCCGGGUUCGCGCCCGCGAUCGUCGCCGCCGCCGCCGGGUCGGUUGAUCCGGCGGGAUACGGAACCGUGGAGGAGGCGGUCACCGCGACGCGCGACGCGCUCGCGGCGGCCACCGCGGCGUGA